AUUAAUGAUUCAAACAUUUUAUAGAUGGAUGCCACGAUUCAGAUUUUCAACUAAACUUGGAUCAUCCAAUGUUGCAUCUGGUACUCAAACAUAAGCUACUUAAUCAAAUCCUAUUCCUGUUUAUUUAAGACCUUAUGAUGCCAAGAAAUAUGAGGUACCAUCAUCUAAAAUCAAAUUAACCACUGGAUACAGUUUUCUUGAUGUUGAACCUAUGCCAAGAGCAAAGAUAAUGAAGUUAUGCUAUACUAUACUUGAUAAAUUAAAGUUAGAAAUUCCUGAAGGCGUUCUUUACAGAAUUUAUACUGAAGAGAAAUUAAAAUAUAUUAUGCGUAUUACAGAUGAAAUCGAAGAUAUUAGACAACUUGAAGAGGAAUUUGGAUUUGAAUAGAUAGAAUUUCUUAUCCAAUAACUUGCUAAAGAAGUUGAUUUAGUUGAUCAAAUGAAGUAAAUAACAACUAUAUAUUUGUAUAGAUAUUUUAAACCAUGGGAAUAGACUUAAGAUGAAAGUACAUUUGAAUUGUUAAGAUAACCUCAUCCCGCUUUGAAACACUAAAGAAAUGAAAAGCCACCAAGAGAAUAAACUAAAUUUAUUGGAAAUUGAUAUUC